UAUUUACUCGACAAGCACAUCUCGCAAAGUCCCAACUGAGUGCGCCAACGCUCUUCAUAUUUUACACCAAAACUGCAUGUUAUAUAUUCACACGCAUCGAUCUUCCACCACUCCGCAUCUACUAAUUUCAAAGUAAUAAUAUGCACAAACACACUCACACCUCUUGAUUAAUCCUCGUCAUUUCUUCAAAAUUUCUCACGCCAUUUCCUUGUUCUACAACCAUCCACAAACAUGAAGCUGCUCCAACGUUCCAAAAAUCAACACGAGCUUGGAAUGCUAGUGCGAAAAUUGUUGAAUAUGAGAAAAAAAGGAACCGAGUAUACUGCGGACGAGGUGGAAGAGGAUCUUAACAGCAGCACUGAUUCCGACACAGAAGAACUUUGUGAGUCCUCUAAGCAAUCGAAAUUUAACAAGUACAAAAGCGGAGAGGUCACAGUUGAUCCGCUAAAAGAGGCGCUUCCUAGAUUGAGAAGACGAAACUCUGAAACGUACAGGGCACAAUAUAUAACAGCAAAAGAAGUCAGAGUACAUGCUUGUACAUGGAACGUCGGUGGUGAACUUCCACCAGAUGAUCUGGAUAUUGAAGAAUGGCUAAAUGUCCGCGAACCUGCUGAUAUAUAUGUUAUCGGUUUUCAGGAGAUUAUACCAUUAAAUGCUGGCAACAUCUUCGGUGCUGAGGAUAGUCGGCCCAUUCCAAAAUGGGAACACAUCAUUCGUAGAACACUUGAUAAGACUCAGCCAGUCAAAGCUAAUUGCAAAUGCUAUAGUGAUCCUCCUUCUCCAUCAAAAUUUAAGCCAUCUAAAGAUUUUCCUAAUUUAGAAGAUCAAGUACUGCUCGAUAGUGAUUGUGAUGAGGACAAAUCGGAUUAUAGUGAAGACAUUGAUGAACUUGUUGGAAAUCAAGACUAUUAUAGCAACAUAGUGGCAGUUAUAUAUCAUAUUAUACAAGCCAAGGCCAAAUAUCUUGAUUCUCCCAAGAAAUUGGAUAGAUCAAAUUGUCUCCAAAUUGAAGGAGCUUCAGAACCAUCUUUUCUUAUGCGGAGUAAUAGAAUAAGAAAACCUCUCAGUAAGACAGAAGUGGUGGGCCUGAGCUGGGCUGAGCCACCAUUGGAUCUUCUGGCUCAGUGUACUCUUGAUAGGCCUAAUUCUUUCAAGUCUUUCAAAGCCUAUAAAUAUUUUAGGACAUUUAAUCCUUUCAAGUCAUCUAUGACAGAUGAUGCUAGAGUGCAUUCUGAUGCAGCUUACAUCUCAAAUGCUGGCCUUGAAUUGCUUGUGAAACGUAAGAGAAGAUCACGUUAUGUAAGAAUAUUAAGCAAGCAGAUGGUUGGCCUUUUCAUCACUAUAUGGGUGCGCCGAAGUCUGCGAAGGGGUAUUCAAAAUGUGAAUGUGUCUACUGUUGGAGUUGGUGCUAUGGGUUACAUAGGAAACAAGGGAUCAAUAUCAGUUAGUAUGUCUAUAUACCAGAAUCUGUUCUGUUUCGUAUGUACUCACCUUUCAUCCGGUGAAAAGGAAGAUGAAGCAAUCAAACGAAAUGCUGAUGUGCGUGCAAUACAUCGUAGAACCCAAUUUAGUUCCUUUUCAGGCAUUGCACUUCUGAGAAGCAUCUACGAUCACGAGAGAAUUAUUUGGCUAGGUGAUCUCAAUUACCGGUUAAAUUUGCCUUACGAAGAAACACAACAGCUCAUCUCCAGAAGGGACUGGUCUGAGCUGGUUGAGUAUGACCAGCUCAUUCAAGAAUUUGGAGAAGGAAAAGCAUUUUGUGGAUGGUCAGAAGGUACUCUAAACUUUCCACCAACUUAUAAGUAUGAGUUGAAUUCAGAGAAGUACUAUGGAGAAGAUCCAAAAUUUGGAAGGCGAACUCCGGCAUGGUGUGACCGCAUCGUAUCACAUGGGAAGGGAUUCAAGUUAAUGAGCUACAGGAGGACUGAUCUCAGGCUCUCUGAUCACCGACCUGUGUCUGCAUCAUACAUGGUAGAGGUUGAGGUAUUUUCUCCAAAGAGGUUACAAAAAGCACUUCUAUUUACUAAUGCAGAAAUUGAACAUGACGAAUUCGUUGCCAGCAUGGGGCUUGCUGGUGGAAUCAGUAGGCCAGGAUGAUUAGAGGAUGCAUCUGAUCGGGGUCGCUAGAUUGUGAACUGUAUAAUCCAUGUGAAGACCUGACAUGAGGUUGUCCAGUGACUCGUGUACAACUCAAAGUGGAGGGAGUAUAUCACAAUUAUGAAUUAUCCCUUAUAAUUGCAGUUUUGUCUAUUUCGAUGAUCCUUAACACAUGGAAAAGAAGGGCAUUGCAGAAGAAGUCAGCCUUCAUGAUUUUUGCAAGUUCAUCACCACUCCUUAAGGAUCCACUUUAACAAAAGCCUCUCUGGCUGCACAUACAAUUGCAAUGUCACAUCAAUGUAUAUAAGCCCUGAUGAUCUCGAUCUACUUCUACAAUGGCGUGUUAAUGACAGCACAUCUCUCAGGAUUUGCUACGAUAGAGGAUGUUGUGCUGGUCAUUCUGAACAAGAAGUUCUCUUCAUUUCUCUACAAUCUCCGACUACACAUCAAAUAUGAUAUGUUUAAUUCUCAGUCUCUCUCAAGCCACAGUUCUUGGCUUGUUGUAAGUUACACUUUCUCACACAGAACAAGUGGAGAUAUUGCCACAUGCAUUUGUAAGCUAAAUAAAUCUGCAACUAUCCUAAUAAUUAGUUAUCAUGAAAUCAAUAAACAAAAUUAUGGUUUGAUAUUUUCUAUA